UAAAGUUCUGAAGACCUAUUGCUUUUCACCAGGAAGUUUUACUGGGCAUCUCCUGAGCCUAGGCAAUAGCUGUAGGGUGACUUCGGGAGCCAUCCCCGUUUCCCCGCCCCACCAAAGAAGCGGAGACUUAACGGGGACGUGCGGUCAGAGCUGGGGAAAUGGGCCCGCGAGCCAGGCCGGCGCUUCUCCUCCUGAUGCUUUUGCAGACCGCGGUCCUGCAGGGGCGCUUGCUGCGUUCACACUCUCUGCACUACCUCUUCAUGGGUGCCUCAGAGCAGGACCUUGGUCUUUCCUUGUUUGAAGCUUUGGGCUACGUGGAUGACCAGCUGUUCGUGUUCUAUGAUCAUGAGAGUCGCCGUGUGGAGCCCCGAACUCCAUGGGUUUCCAGGAGAACUUCAAGCCAAAUGUGGCUGCAGCUGAGUCAGAGUCUGAAAGGGUGGGAUCACAUGUUCACUGUUGACUUCUGGACUAUUAUGGAAAAUCACAACCACAGCAAGGAGUCCCACACCCUGCAGGUCAUCCUGGGCUGUGAAAUGCAAGAGGACAACAGUACCGAUGGCUUCUGGAAGUACGGGUACGAUGGGCAGGACCAUCUUGAAUUCUGCCCUGACACGCUGGAUUGGAGAGCAGCAGAACCCAGGGCCUGGCCCACCAAGCUGGAGUGGGAAAGGCACAAGAUUCGGGCCAGGCAGAACAGGGCCUACCUUGAGAGGGACUGCCCUGCACAGCUGCAGCAGUUGCUGGAGCUGGGGAGAGGUGUUUUGGACCAACAAGUGCCUCCUUUGGUGAAGGUGACACAUCAUGUGACCUCUUCAGUGACCACUCUACGGUGUCGGGCCCUGAACUACUACUCCCAGAACAUCACCAUGAUGUGGCUGAAGGAUAGGCAGCCAAUGGAUGCCAAGGAGUUCGAACCUAAAGACGUAUUGCCCAAUGGGGAUGGGACCUACCAGGGCUGGAUAACCUUGGCUGUACCCCCUGGGGAAGAGCAGAGAUAUACGUGCCAGGUGGAGCACCCAGGCCUGGAUCAGCCCCUCCUUGCGAUCUGGGAGCCCUCACCGUCUGGCACCCUAGUCAUUGGAGUCAUCAGUGGAAUUGCUGUUUUUGUCGUCAUCUUGUUCAUUGGAAUUUUGUUCAUAAUAUUAAGGAAGAGGCAGAGUUCAAGAGGAGCCAUGGGGCACUACGUCUUAGCUGAACGUGAGUGACACACAGCCUGCAGACUCAUUGUGGGAAGGAGACAAAACUAGAGACUCAAAAAGGGAGUGCAUUUAUGAUCUCUUCAUGUUUCAGGACAGAGUUGAACCUAAACAUAGAAAUUGCCUGAAGAACUCCUUGCUUUUAGCCUUCCCUGUUCAUUUCCUCAAAAAGAUUUCCCCAUUUAGGUUUCUGAGUUCCUGCAUGCUGUGACCUCUCCCUAGCUGUGACCUCUCCCCUGGAACUGCCUCUCAUGAACCUCAAGCUGCAUCUAGAGGCUUCCUUCAUUUCCUCCAUCACCUCAGACACAUACACCUAUCUCAUCUCAUUUCCUAUUUUUGGAAGAGGACUCCUUAAAUUUGGGGGACUUACAUGAUCCAUUUUAAAAUCUGAGAUAAGCUUUGAACCCUGGGACAUGGCUAGUCAUAACCUUACCAGAAUUUUACACAUGCAUUUUCUGGACCCGUUCGACUUUUCCUUUGAAUCCUCUCUCUGUGUUACCCAGUAACUCAUCUGUCACCAAGCCAUGGGGAUUCUUCCAUCUGAUUGUGAUGUGAAUUGCACAGCUAUGAAGGCUGUACACUGCACGAAUGGAAGAGGCACCUGUCCCAGAAAAAGCAUCAUGGCUAUCUGUGGGUAGUAUGAUGGGUGUUUUUAGCAGGUAGGAGGCAAAUAUCUUGAAAGGGGUUUUGAAGAGGUGUCUUUUUCUAAUUGGCAUGAAGGUGUCAUACAGAUUUGCAAAGUUUAAUGGUGCCUUCAUUUGGGAUGCUACUCUAGUAUUCCAGACCUGAAGAAUCACAGUAAUUUUCUACCUGGUCUCUCCUUGUUCUGAUAAUGAAAAUUAUGAUAAGGAUGAUGAUAAUGAUGAUAAAAGCACUUACUUUGUGUCCGACUCUUCCGAGCACCUACUUACAUGCAUUACUGCAUGCAAUUCUUACAAUAAUUCUAUGAGAUAGGUACUAUUAUCCCCAUUUCUUUUUUAGAUGAAGAAAGUGAAGUAGGCUGGGCACGGUGGCUCAUGCCUGUAAUCCCAGCACUUUGGGAGGCCAAAGUGGGUGGAUCACAAGGUCAGGAAAUCAAGACCAUCCUGGCUAACAUGGUGAAACCCCGUCUCCAAGAAAAAUACAAAAAAUUAGCUGGGCAUGGUGCAGGCGCCUGUAGUCCCAGCUACUCGGGAGGCUGAGGCAGGGAAUGGCAUGAACUCAGGAAGUGGAGCUUGCAGUGAGCCGAGUUUGCGCCACUGCACUCCAGCCUAGGUGACAGAGUGAGACUCCAUCUCAAAAAAAUAAAAAAUAAAAA